AUGCCCUUCAGGGCGUGUCUCAAUACGUAUAUAGGAGGCACGCCCGUCCUACUUCUCGGAAAAUGGUUCACCAGCCUUGAAUUCGUGAUUGACGGGGCGGGAAUGAUCUCGGACAUCUAUCGAAGGAUAAGGAGCGACAGAUCUUUCGCCAUCCCUGCCUUGAGCGAGUACCAGGUUCUCGUCUCUUCUGAGAAGUUAAUCCGAGAACUCAGUCAGAGCCCGGAAAGUAUCCUUUCGUUCCAUGCCGCUAUGGAACAGAGGAUCAAGCACAAGUACACUCUGUUUGGAUUUGAACAUAAUAAUGUAGAUCCGAACAAUGACGUUCCCAAGCGGGUGCUGAAGGUACUGCUUCGCAUGAAGUUGCCUCAAAUUCAGGGGAAAUUGCAGCUGGUGCUUCGGGAAACGCUCCCUCAGCAGCUGACGGGCAGAGACUCGGCUGGCUGGAGUCGAGUAAGCGCAUUCACACUGGCUAAGCAUGUCAUUACACGGCUCAACAAUCAUGUUCUUCUUGGAUCAGAACUGGAGAUGUUAGGCAGUGACCGCGAGCUGGAACGUGCUGUCCAUCAAUACCUGAAAGAUGCCGUGGUCACCAUGGAAUUAUGUCGCCAUCUGCCAUCUGUUUUGGUUCCCCUGAUAGCACCAUUCAUGAUGGGUUGGAGUGGAGCGAUGCAUCGUAUUGCUCGUGCUAUCAGUACGGAGAUCGAGAGGCGAAUCACCGAGGGCCAGAAUCCACUGGGUAUUGCUUCAAAACGGCGUGACUGCAUCCAAUGGGUGAUAGAGUCUUCCCAGACCUCUGCGCAACAGACAGUACUCAGAAUUACCCAACAGAUAUUUGGUAUUUUGUUUGCUUCCGCGCACCAAAUGUCCAUGGCUCUCGUGUACGCCAUAUUUGACUUAUGCCUCCAUCCCGAAUAUAUCGAAUCACUCCGCAAAGAGAUCGAGUAUGGACGCAGCAUAACAGACUCGGAGGAUUACUUGGAUCAUCUACCUCUUCUAGAUGGCUUUUUGCGCGAGUCUGCCAGGCUAAAUGCGCUAGAUGCACUGACCGUCCAGCGAAUGACAUUAACCCCAUAUACCUUUUCCGACGGAACAUACGUCCCAGCUGGGAAUCUCGUGGCUAUUCCCCAGGCGGCAGUCAUGCAGGAUUCCCGGUACUACGCCGACCCGACAGAAUUUAACCCGUACCGCUUUAUGGCGGUCGAUGAGAGAGAUGGGUCCAUGAGAGCGUUUCCGAAGUAUACGGAUAUCCGCUGGAAUUUUCCGUACUGGGGAUCGGCGAAACGGGCUUGCCCCGGACGAUGGUAUGUCUCGAGGACGCUGAAGCUGGUCCUUGCCCAUCUGAUCAUGGAGUAUGAUAUCAAGCUGUCGGAUCUUGGUGCACCAAGAAGCUUUGUAUGGACUACAGCGAUUGUGCCUCGGACUAGUACGAUGAUAACGUUGAGGGAAAGAGCUGGCUCGUCAUGA